AUGGAGGGUCGUGCCAAUGCAUUCCACACGCUCUCUUACCGCGAGCUCACGGACAAGUGUCUGAUCGAAGGGGAAGACAAUAUGCCAGUUAGCUACGACGGCUUUCAGCUUACAGGUUAUAGGUUAUUUUAUUCCUGGGACAGAUCAUUACGCGUCGCAGAACCCGAUUCCGCUUUGGGGAUCAAGAAACCCGUCGAUCUGUCCGAACGCGUUCUUAACGACAGCAUCCAUGUCUACACCGAAUCGGCCUCCUUUGCGGACAACCUCGCCAACCUGGCCACCAAUUUCCCCAGGGAUGAGACCAAUCUUAACGUUACCAUUGAUGGAUUGCACAAUCAAGGCUGCGUGGAAUGGGUGGACGAAGUAUCUACAUUUGCACACCUCGUCUUCGUGCUGUGGCGAACCGUGCACGGCAAGGAGCAGGGCCUCACGGUCAUUGACUGGAGAGCCUUGAACCGCAUGAUUGUACCUGACAAUUACCCUCGCCUUCCCCAGGCAGCUGUAGGCCUUAGAACCGUACCUGGCGUAUCAGGCUCCUUGCACACCCUCCUGCCCUACUAUGCUUAA